AUGGGUGGAAACGCCGUUCCGGGAGCUGUCGCACGAGCAGAGGAACCUGUCGAACACUACUACCCCGAGGGCUCAACCGACGCGGGGAAUGAGAAGAAUGAUGGUGAUGUUUCCCCUCCUAGCGGCGAAGCCGAUGAGGAACUUGACGAUGCCGAAACAGCCUUGUCCAAGAGACUCACCCUGUCCUUCAAGGGUUUGACGGUUGGAGUCACUGCUCCCGACCAGGCUCUGGGAGACAACCUCUGGUCUUCAGUCGAUCCUAGGCAGUUGAUCAGGCUUGUUGCUCCAGGAAAGCCUUCGCUCAGAACUAUCCUGCGCAACGUUAGUGGCCAGGUUCAACCUGGAGAAAUGGUGGGUUCUCCUCUCCCCCCCCUGAACUUCACUUGCAAACGACUCUUUAGUAACAAGACAAAACACCAACAGCUUCUUGUUCUUGGCCGCCCGGGAUCAGGAUGUACGUCUCUACUUCGGGUUCUCUCCAACCACAGGGAAUCUUUCCAGGAAGUGACGGGCGAGACACACUAUGGCAGCAUGAACCAUGUCGAGGCCAAGAAGUUUCGCCAGCACAUCGUCAUGAACACCGAAGAUGACAUCCACUUCCCGUCAUUGACAGUCAACCGGGCCAUGAAGUUCGCCCUCAGAAACAAGGUUCCUCGUGACAGGCCCGAGGAGUUGGCCAACAAGGGCACCUAUAUCAGCAAGACAAGGGACUCCAUCCUAGAAUCCCUGGGGAUCCACCACACCAGAAAGACGCGCGUUGGCGACGAGUUUAUACGCGGUGUGUCCGGCGGGGAGAGGAAGCGAGUGUCCCUCGCCGAGGUCAUGGCCAGCCAGAGCCCCGUCCAGCUCUGGGACCAGCCGACGCGAGGGCUCGACUCCAAGACGGCCCUCGAGUUCUCCAAGACGCUGCGCCGCUACGCAGACGAGGACGGCAAGACCAUAGUCCUAACGACGUACCAGGCCGGCAACGGCAUCUUCGACCAGUUCGACAAGGUCCUCGUCCUGGCCGACGGCCGCGUCACCUACUACGGUCCACGCGCCGCGUCGAGGCAAUACUUUGAACAGAUGGGCUUCGUGUGCCCCAAGGGCGCCAACAUUGCCGACUUCCUCACAUCCAUGACUGUCAAGACCGAACGAAUCGUCGCCCCCGGAUACGAGGGCCGCGUGCCCGAGACCCCGCAGGAAUUCGAGGCCGCCUACCAGGCCAGUUCCUUAUGCGCGCAGAUGGCCGCCUCGUUCCAGAGCCCGGCCGAACUCGGCGCCCAGGUUGACGAUCUACGUAUUGCCACAGAGAAGGAGAAGAGGCUCAGAAGCCUUGGGCUGCUGCCGCGCAGCGUGUACACGGCUGGUAUGACAGAGCAGGUCUACAAUGCCACCAUCCGACAAUUCCAAAUCAUGAUGGGUGACCCGAUGUCGCUUGCUAUCAAAAUCGUCUCGGCCAUCAUCCAGGCUCUCGUGUGCGGUAGCCUGUUCUAUGACCUCCCCUCGACGAGCGAGUCUAUUUUUCGACGACCCGGCGUGCUAUACUUUCCCGUUCUAUAUUUCCUCCUCGAGGGUCUCUCCGAAACUGUGGGCUCCUUCAAGGGACGGCCGAUUCUCGCCCGGCAGAAGCGGUUGGCCUUCUUCCGGCCGACUGCCUUCUGCAUCGCCAACGCCAUUACGGAUCUGCCUGUAGUCUUCGUGCAGGUGACGUGCUUUUCGCUGAUCCUGUACUUCAUGGCGAGCCUGCAGAUGAACGCGGGCAAGUUCUUUACCUUCUUCAUCAUCGUCUUCGUCAACAACGUGUCGUUCGCGCAGAUGUUCCGGUGCAUCGGCGCGCUGUUCAGCUCUUUCGGCACGGCCAGCCAGCUGUCGGGCCUGCUGUCGACAGUGGCCUUCGUCUACGGCGGCUACCUCAUCCCUUUUGACAAGAUGCACCCUUGGUUCAAGUGGAUCUUCUACCUCAACCCGGCCUCGUACGCCUUCGAGUCCCUCAUGGCCAACGAGUUCCAGGGCCUGAAGCUUCAGUGUGUUGCUCCGCAGCUCGUCCCCUUCGGCGACGGCUACGGAAACGACACCGAGUUCGCCGGCUGCACCGUCGCCGGCAGCGACGCCUCGGGCGUCAUCGACGGCCUCGAGUACAUCCGCCUGCAGUACGGCUUCUCCUACAGCCACGUCUGGCGUGGCUUCGGCGUCAUCGUCGCACUGUGGAUCUUCUUUAUCGCCCUCACCUCCCUGGCCUUCGAGCUCAAGAGCUCCCACGGCGGCUCCUCCGUUCUGCUCUACAAGAGGGGCAAGCACGAAUCCCACAGGAUCCAGGACCCCGAGAAGGCCUCCGACUCCGAGUCGAGCAAGUCCCUCGGCGCCCCCAACCAGACCGGUCGUCAGUCCACCUUUACCUGGCACGACCUCGACUACUAUGUCAAGGCUGGCGGGUCGCAGAAGCAGCUCCUCAACAAGAUCUUUGGUUUUGUCAAGCCUGGUAACCUCACCGCCCUGAUGGGCGCUUCCGGUGCGGGAAAGACUACCCUCCUGGAUGUACUGGCCCAGCGCAAGGACGCUGGUGAGAUUCGCGGCUCUAUCCUCGUCGACGGCAAGCCUCAGGGCAUUUCCUUCCAGAGGACAACGGGUUACUGCGAGCAAAUGGACGUUCACGAGCCCACGGCCACGGUCAAGGAAGCUCUCAUCUUCUCAGCCGUCCUCCGCCAGCCCUACGAUGUGCCUUAUAGUGACAAACUGGACUAUGUCGAGCGCAUCAUUGACCUUUUGGAGCUGCGUGAUCUUUGCGAUGCCCUUAUCGGAGUCCCCGGCGCUGGUCUCAGUGUCGAACAGAGGAAGCGCGUGACCCUGGGAGUCGAACUCGUGGCUAAGCCUACGCUCCUAUUCCUCGACGAACCGACAUCAGGUCUGGACGGCCAGUCGGCCUACAACAUCAUCCGAUUCCUGCGCAAGCUCGUCGAGGGCGGCCAGGCUGUCCUAUGUACCAUCCACCAGCCUUCGGCCGUCCUGUUUGAGGCGUUUGAUUCUGUUCUGCUGCUUGCCAAGGGUGGCAGGAUGGCAUACUUUGGAGAAACCGGCAAGGACUCUUGCACCCUCCUCGACUACUUCGCCAGGAACGGUGCCCCGUGCGCCGAGGACGUCAACCCGGCCGAGCACAUGGUCGAGGUAAUCCAGGGCAUGAAGGGCAGCCAGGUCGACUGGGUGGACGUGUGGAACAAGUCACCCGAGAGGGAGAAGGCGUUUGCGACUCUCGAGUCGCUGAACCGGCAGGCGUCCACGGAGGCCGAGGCUGACGAAGGCCCCAGCUUCGCGGCGCCCAAAUUGUUCCAGCUCAGGACAGUGUUGCACCGGUCCAUGGUGCAGCUCUGGAGGUCCCCCGACUACGUGUGGAACAAGAUCACACUGCACGCCUUCACGGCCCUCUUCAGCGGCUUUACCUUCUGGAUGCUGGACGACGGUACCUUUUCGCUGCAGCUCCGCCUCUUCUCCAUCUUCAACUUCAUCUUCGUGUGCCCCGGCUGCAUCAGCCAGAUGCAGCCUUACUUCCUGCGCAACCGCGACAUCUUCGAGACCCGCGAGAAGAAGUCCAAGACGUACCACUGGGUGGCCUUUAUCGGCGCCCAGGCCCUGUCUGAGAUUCCGUACCUAAUCAUCUGCGCCACCGUGUACUUUGGCUGCUGGUACUUUACCUGCGGGUUCCCCGUUGCAGCACACGUUUCUGGGCAUGUGUAUCUGCAAAUGAUCUUCUACGAAUUCUUAUACACGUCCAUCGGCCAGGCCAUUGCUGCCUACGCCAUCAAUGACUACUUCGCGGCCGUCAUGAACCCCCUCAUCCUGGGAGCCGGCCUCGUGUCGUUUGCCGGUGUCGUGGCCCCUUACUCUGACAUGCAGCCGUUCUGGAAGUACUGGCUGUAUUGGCUCGACCCGUUCCACUACCUGAUGGGCGGCCUGUUCGGCACCGUCGUCUGGGACGUCGACGUGACCUGCAAAGCCGAGGAGCUCACCACGUUCAAGGUCCCCAGCGGACAGACGUGUGGUCAGUACAUGGCCGACUUCCUGCGGGAUAACGCCGGGUACGUGGUGGACCGUCAGGCCGUGGGCGAGUGCAGCUACUGCCCGUUCGCUACCGGUGCAGAGUAUGCACAGACGUUCAACCUCAAGGAGGCUUACUACCCGUGGCGCGAUACUGGUAUCACGGCUCUCUUCUGCCUGUCAUCGUAUGGCCUUGUGUUCCUCAUGAUGAAGCUGAGGAGCAAGAAGACCAAGAGUGCCAGGAUGGAAUAA